AUGAAAAUAGUGGUUCAGUGUCUCAACAUGAAGCCAACGAACUUGAUGUAUUUAUUGGGGGAGAAUCAAGUUUUAGUAGUUGCGACAUAUGACAACAAUCACAAUCAGAUUGACCAUGAUGUUGCCAAUGUGGAGUUUGUUCCAGCCAUCCCUAGUGAUGAAAUAAAACCUAUGAAAUGCAUCGAAACAUUUCUUGAAAACAUGUGUUCCCACUCAUUACAGUACCUUGCACAAAAAGAAAUAACAGUUCUUGAGUCCCUCCAACGUCAUAUGAAAGACCUGUUUCGAUUCAAACCUAGUGUUCAACUGGAGUUAUCUUCCCUUCAUUAUAUAAACAUCUCUCGUAUCAUCGAUGACGUCACCGACACUUAUUUUGAUGUAGAAGAGUUGGAUACAGAGCAAAUCGAGAACUAUCUGGCCGUUCAUCCAGGCCAGGAGAGUGUUCAUUUAAAGACAAAAAUCACUGGACCACUGUUGGGAAGCAAUUCGAAAGUAUGUUCCAUCAAAGGGUUAGCAGUUCAAGGAACACAAGAUCAAACCCCCCGCCUACAAUUUUCGGAAGUUAUCAACAAUUUUGGUGGAGAAUAUCUGAUCUUUAUCGAUGUUGCCUAUAAUGUCAAUGACUGGGCGCAAUUGAUCCGAAGAUGGAAAAGCAAGCAGGCAUACCACAAAUUGAAAUGUGCUUACGCAACACCACCCGAUGAAGUCUCUAUAACGUUUGAGCACACUAUGCGACAAUUCGAUUUCGUAGAGUGGGAUGGACAGCGAAGACCGCGGACUGUCAAGAUGGAUCCAAAAAUUAUCUAUCUUCGAUUAAUCUAUUCUGAAGAUAUUGACUGUACCGAGUGGAUGGAUAUCCAACAGGACGGAGGCGGCAAAUGGGCAUCAGUUAAGGUGACACAGGAUUUCAUCCGGCUUGUUGUCUGGGACUGA